GUGGAAACGCCUUGCCUCCAUCCAAGUACAAGUGUACACGUUGACUUCCGCAUCAUCAUGUCGCUCCUUCGCGCGUUCCAAGCCUUGCGCGUAAGUGCUCCAUCCACGGGGGUCAUCGCCCGUCAUUUCUCUGCGGCCGCUGCGACGCUUCCUGCCAACCUUCACUUGGCCCCAGAGAAGCCCGUGCGAGAACUUCGCGUGGUCACGCGCGAACCCGUUGUGUUCGACAGCAAUGGCAACAUCCAAGCCAAGGUGUUGUCCUUCACGGAUGGCUCGGUCAUUGACACGUUGACCCUCAGUCGCAAUGUGUUCGGGUCCCCCGUGCGCAAGGACAUCUUGCAUCGUGUGGUAAAGUGGCAGUUGGCUAACCGCCGUUCCGGCAACCACAAGACAAAGACUCGGUCGGAAGUCAGUGGGUCCACGAAGAAGGCGUGGAAGCAAAAGGGCAGCGGUCGUGCCCGUGUGGGCAACAUCCGUCCUCCGCAAUGGCGAGGGGGGUACCGCGCUCAUGGCCCCGUGGUCCGCGAUCACUCGUACAGCCUGCCUAAGAAAGUGCGUGCGAUGGGUUUGCGUGUGGCAUUGUCCACGAAGUUGGCGGAAGGCAAGCUCGCGAUCGUUCGCGACUUGAACGCCGAGACGGAAAAGACCAAGUCGAUGAAGCAGUUGCUGGCCACCAAGGGCUGGGACCAUGCGUUGUUUGUGGACGGCGAAGAAGCCGUGCGCAACUUUGUGCUGGCCACGCGCAACCUCCCCACGGUGGACAUCAUCCGCCAGCAAAACAUCAACGUGUACGCGAUCUUGCACAAGGACGUGCUCGUGUUGUCCGAGAAGACCGUCAAGUACUUGGAAGAACGCUUGGCCGUGGAAUAGAUUUAGAUAAUACCACGACCCUCAAACAAAUCCUACUGUGCGCUAGCGUUAUG